CCCAUCCCGCCUCCCGCGAUAUCGUGUGGUCCGGCAUCAAGCUGUGGGGCGGUCGCCAGCUCGGUUCUUCGGGACCUUCGGGACAGGGCUGGGGAGCCCGCCCAAAAAGGUCGUUUCCCCUGCAGUUUCCAACAUGGCAGGCAAGUUUUAUAGACAUGGAUAAGAAGUCCAUACACAGAAGUCCUGAAGAUGCCGGGACCGGCAGAAAUGGAGGUAAACAUAGACCAAAGAAAAAAGAAGAGCGAAACCAAAAACACCACCAAUCCCGACAUAGAUCAUCAGCAUCUCAUUCUUCAGAUGACAAUGUGUUUCCUUCUUUUUCGUCAUCAUCUUCAGGAAGUCAGACCGAUUCGAGUAGUGAAGGACAAAAGAUGAAACAUCAAGAAAAAGAAAGAGAAGAAAAAAAGGAGGGAACGGCCACAUGCUGUCACCUUUCCAAGAGGGGCUGAAACCAGGCUAAACUCAUUGAUUUCUGAAACUCAGUCCUUUGGUGUAAGGUGGCCAAACGAGAAUGCAGAGCCCAGCACGGUGAAAGCUACAGUGGAGGAGCUUGGGGACGGCACGUCUUUCACACCACGUCUAGACUCCUGACACCAAUCUUCACGUCCCCUGUAACCACACAAUAAAAAGUUGGGAAAUCACAUUGUGUUUAUGAAGAUCCACGUCCAACACCGGAGAGCCUGACGACAAGCCAGUUGUGGCCAUUUUAGGAUGCUUACCCUGUUUGCAAAUAUUCUGUAGGGAAGGAGGAGAUUGAGCCUACUUCUCUUAAAUGUAUGCCUAAUAAUUGCAACUAAAAUACUUACACCAAAGUCCUACACAAAGCAGAAGACUUACAGAUGGCAUGAAAAAGCUAAAGCCUUAACCAGGUACUUCUUACUUAGAUCUUCUUCCCAAGUUUCAUGUUUCUGUUUUUUACUAAUGUCCCCUUCUUUCAACAAGUGUUAUCAGUUUUUAUAAUCUCAGUGUUUGUUCUGGAGCCUGAUGUAAUGUUCUUUUACUCUUGUUACUCCAGGUACACUGAUUAUAAGUUUCCAACCAAAAGCUUUCAUCUCUAAAGAUGAUCACUUUGUUUUAUAAAAUAAGAAAGGAGAAAGCAGUUCCCCAGUCAGCCCUUCCUGUUGCCUCUAAUUGUUUUACGCAUCGUUGGGCCUUUUGCUCGCUUGGGUUUGUGAGGGAAUGUGUGUCCAAUCUAACCAUGUCCUUGAUAGUUGCCUUUAAAAGAAGCUCCUACUAGAAGUGAAUGAUGGCGACAGGGCUAGGUUUAUUGUUUUGAACUGGAAGUUGAAGUACUAUUAUUUUCUUAUUCAGGCAAAACUAAAAGACUGAAAUUAAUCUUGAAUAGGGGCCGGCCCCAUGGCCCGGUGGUUAAGUUUGGUGCUCUCUUCUUCUGUGGCCCAGAUUCAGCUCCUGGGUGCAGACCUACACCACUUGUCAGCAGCCGUGCUGUGGUGGUGACCCACGUACAAAAUAGAGGAAGAUCAGCACAGAUGUUAGCUCAGAGACAAUCUUCCUCACCAAAAAGUAAAUUAAAAUUAAAAAAUAAAUGAAUAAUCUUGAAUGCUGUUUUGUGCUGAAGUUAGAGUUUAAGAUGUUAUUCAUAUCACCGUAAUGUGGUGGUGUUACUGAAUGCCAUUCCUUGAAGGGUUUUUUCCCUUCAAAGUAAAAUUAUAAUAGGAUUGUAGUUAAAUUAAAUUAAGCAUCUUUAUCUUUGAUUAUAAAGAGAUUUAGCACAACUGUACAUUAUUUUUCCUCCUAUAUUGUGUUGGACUCCUAGUAUUUGUGUAUCAAGAAAGCAUUUCCUUAUAUUUGAAUGAUAACAUUUUUAAAACAUACCAGCAGAGGACAUAGGUUUUUUGCUUUUUGGUAUUUUUUUUUUCA